CGCGACUUAAGCCGCAAUGCAGGGGGGGGGAGAAGAGGCCAUCUCCUCUUCCAAAUCAUGUCCGUCCAGUUGCCCAUCCCGUGUCUCUUCACAAGCGCCUCGCGAAGUGAGCUGCUCUGUUCUUGAAGCGCCGUUAGGCAUACCUUAGUGCCUCCUUUUCCUCCUCCUCAUCCUCAUCCUCCCCUAGCCACUGGCUCAAGGCAUCGCGCGUAGGCUGUGCAGUCGCGCGCGUCUGUGCGCUAAAGGAGGGAGGGUCGGCUAGCCAUGGGCCGCGUCAUCCGUGGAUCGCGCAAGGGCAAGAGCCUGAUCUUCACCGCGAAGACGCGCCUCCGGAAGGGCGCGGUGAAGCUCCGCUCCCAGGACUACGCCGAGCGCGCUGGGUACAUCAAGGGGCUCGUCAAGAACAUCAUCCACGACCCGGGCCGCGGCGCCCCCCUGGCGGAGGUGGUCUUCCACGACCAGUACCGCUACAAGCUGAACAAGGAGCUGAUGGUGGCCGUGGAGGGCCUGCACACUGGACAGUUUGUCUACUGCGGCUCAAAGGCGCAGCUCGCCGUCGGCAACGUGAUGCCGGUGGGCAAGAUGCCAGAGGGCACCGUCGUCUCCAUGUGCGAGGAGAAGGCGUCCGACCGCGGCAGGAUCGCGCGUGCAUCUGGGACGUCGUGUAUGGUGGUGGGCCACUCCGACGACAACAGGAAGACCCGCGUGCGGCUGCCAUCUGGCACCCGCAAGACGAUUCCGUCCACUUGCCGCGCCAUCGUGGGCAUCGUGGCCGGAGGCGGCCGCAUGGACAAGCCGGUGCUGAAAGCGGGCAACAAUUUCCACAAGUACCGGGUCAAGCGCAACAGCUGGCCCAAGGUGCGCGGCUGCGCCAUGAACCCCGUCGAGCACCCGCACGGCGGAGGCAACCACCAGCACGUGGGCCACCCGACGACCACCAGCCGGAACGCGCCGCCCGGAGCGAAGGUCGGCCUGAUCGCGGCCCGCCGCACGGGCCUGCUCAAGGGCGGCAAGGGGAAGAUGAACAAGUGAGCCACCAGCCCACUCAUGCGCUUUCCCCCGUUAGCAGUGCUUUGCGGCGCUCCGUCGGAAAAGCGUGUCGGACUGGCACGGUAGCGUAUACACAUCGUAGGGCGCGCGGUACUUGCCGCACGCUUGGGGAGCACUCCAUCGGUCGCUGCCCCAUGCUGCUGUGAAA